AUGCAAUCUCCUGCUAAUGGUGAUGACUCGCGCACUCUUCCCUUCUUAUACACGCCGCGCCACUCCACUCCAGUACAGCACCGCCCCACCUCCAGUUCACACUCCCCUCACAUGCCCAUGGCGCCUCCGCCUUUGCUCCCCCUCUCCGCGCUCCUCCUCCUGCUCGCCGCCGCCUCCCAUGCCUCUGCCAAGCCCGUCCAGAUUCAGGCCCUCCUCGCCACCCCUCUCUCGCCCGACCGUGUCUCCGCCCCGUCGGAACUAGCCCGCGAGGACGACACCAACGUCUUCGCCGGCAACCUUGCCGCUGCAGACGACGCCGCCGCCUCGACAGUUCGUUUCCGCGUUGUCCACCGGGAUGACUUCUCAAAGAACGCCACCGCGGCCGAGCUGCUCGCGCACCGGUUGGAGCGGGACGAGAGGAGGGCGGCGCGGCUCUCGGCGGCCGCCGGCGCGGCCAACGGCACGCGUCGCGGCGGCGGAGGGGUCGUGGCGCCGGUGGUGUCCGGGCUGGCCCAGGGGAGCGGGGAGUACUUCACCAAGAUCGGGGUGGGGACGCCCGCCACGCCGGCGCUCAUGGUGCUCGACACCGGCAGCGACGUCGUGUGGCUGCAGUGCGCGCCGUGCAGGCGCUGCUACGAGCAGUCUGGCCAGGUGUUCGACCCGCGCCGCUCGCGCUCCUACGGCGCGGUCGGCUGCGCCGCCCCGCUUUGCCGCAGGCUCGACUCCGGCGGCUGUGACCUGCGCCGCAGUGCGUGCCUCUACCAGGUCGCUUACGGCGAUGGCUCCGUCACCGCCGGAGACUUCGCCACCGAGACCCUCACCUUCGCCGGCGGUGCCCGCGUGGCGCGCGUCGCUCUGGGGUGCGGCCACGACAACGAGGGUUUGUUCGUCGCGGCGGCGGGCCUCCUCGGGCUCGGCCGAGGCAGCCUAUCCUUCCCCACCCAGAUCUCCCGCCGUUACGGGCGGAGCUUCUCGUACUGCCUUGUGGACCGUACCUCGUCGGCCAACUCCGCCUCCCGCUCUUCGACCGUGACAUUUGGCUCUGGCGCCCUAGGCUCCACGGUCGCCUCGUCCUUCACCCCGAUGGUCAAGAACCCUCGGAUGGAGACGUUCUACUACGUGCAGCUCAUUGGUAUCAGCGUGGGCGGCGCGCGCGUCCCUGGCGUGGCGAACUCCGACCUCCGUCUCGACCCGUCGUCGGGGCGUGGUGGCGUCAUCGUGGACUCCGGCACGUCCGUGACCCGGCUCGCCCGCCCGGCCUACUCGGCUCUGCGCGACGCAUUCCGCGGGGCCGCCGCUGGGCUCCGGCUCUCUCCCGGCGGGUUCUCCCUGUUCGACACGUGCUACGACCUGAGCGGGCGCAAGGUGGUGAAGGUGCCGACCGUGUCGAUGCACUUCGCCGGUGGCGAGGAGGCGGCUCUGCCACCGGAGAAUUACCUGAUCCCGGUGGACUCGAAAGGGACGUUUUGCUUCGCGUUCGCGGGCACGGACGGCGGCGUGUCCAUCAUCGGCAACAUACAGCAGCAGGGAUUCCGGGUGGUGUUCGACGGCGACGGCCAGCGCGUCGCCUUCGUGCCCAAGGGCUGUUAA